GAUCAGAGGUGACACGGUUUACCACGUGACCGAGCAUGUUGGUCGACGGCACUCCUGAUUGGCUGAAGCGGCAGGCGAGAGGCGGAAGUACAUGCAGUAGGUAAACAACUGUAGACGCAACUGAAGCGAACUCCUCAGUCCCUGUCACGCAAGAACAUGAAGCAAUACUAGUCGACAGUCUUCACGAAGCAAUUUUGCAACAUAGGACGAAGUCCAGUAUGAGUCUCAGCUUUCCUCUUCUGCUCUGUCUGGCAGCGGUCUCCGCCUUUGCUAUGUCGCCUCCACACAUGUGGACCAAACUCAUCCUCACCCACCACUGGCCCGGCACUUUAUGUGGUAUGGAGUCCUGUCAUCAUCCUAACGUUAGCUACUGGACACUACAUGGACUCUGGCCCAAUAAAGGGAAUGUUUGUAACGCAUCAUGGCAUUUCAACUCAUCUGAAAUAGAGGACUUGCUCCCUGACAUGGAAAAGAGUUGGCCUGAUUUACUGAAACCUGCAUCAGAUGGAUUUUGGAAGUACGAAUGGUCCAAACACGGCACAUGUGCAGCCAAAGCACCCGCACUCAACAGUCAACAUAAAUAUUUCAGCAAGGCACUGGAACUGUACCAUAAAGUGGACUUGGAUAGCAUCCUGAGGAAAUUUGACAUCAUCCCAUCUGAAGACUAUUAUAAAUUUUCACAAAUCGAAGGAGUCAUGGAAAACUUCUAUGGUGUCAAACCUAAGAUACAAUGUGUCCAUUCAUCUAAGAAUUCUGAUGCUCAGACUUUGGGUCAAGUCGAGAUUUGUUUCAGCCCCGACUUCUCCCUCUUGGACUGUGAGCAAGAGAUCUCUUUCACGGGAGCAUCUGGGUUCAGUGUCUGUGACCGUGACAUACCAGUUUACUAUCCACCACUUUGAAACACAAACACAAUAACACACUACAGCGUUUACAGAUGUACACGUACUUUACAUACUCUUUGUUUACCACUUAACUGUACUGUUAAGUUUAGCAUGUAGCGACACUCACAGGCUGAGACAAAGCAGGCUUGCUACAAUGUCAUAUUGUACCAAUCCCUAACUAAAUAGUUUCCAUUUUCUGUCAGGUUGCUACUAUUUACAGUUUCAACCCAUCUACGUUUUUUCAAAAUAGUGUAGUAAAUAAGUUUGUGUCACAAUAAUUGUUUCUUUGUUUUUUUUUUUUAGUUAUUGUUAAUUGCACAACACGGUUCACCUUGUUGAGUUACAUCAUUUCAAAAAUUGGAUGUCCGACCAUGUGCCUUUUCAGGUUGUUUACAUUAACAUUAAAAUGUAUUACUGUCUUACCUGUUAGACUGUGUUAGGGCUAAUUUUGAGAAGUCAACAAUUAAUGAUCCACUUACUUUAUAGGGGGAAAAAAGAGAUAUUUGGGGGGAAGUUAAGGCUUAUUUAAAGUUAAUAUGCCACAGAUUUUGGAUUGUGAUCCAUCUUUUAUGGGGCAGAAUCCAGAGAAACUUUGCAAUGUUCAUCAGUUGUCAUUGUGUCAUAGCUUGUGUUUAUGGUGCCAUUUUGGUUUUUAUUGUGAUAUGGUAAAUGCAUAGUGUGAGCUAAUCAGGAAUUUGUUGCCAUUGUGAAUGCCAAUAAAAUAUUAUUGAUUCAUCG